AUGGGGAACUCGAACAGUUCCCACAAGAUUUCUGCCCAAGAUCGGUACGUCUUCAUGAUGUCACGACGUCAACACAACUCUAAGGCCAGACAGAGCGAUCUUGGACAUGAAGAAUCAACGAGACAAGUUGCACCAGUACCAGAAGCGCAUUACCGUGAUAACCACACGAGAGACCGAUAUAGCGAAGCAGUGUCUGCAGAAAGGUGACAAGAAGAAAGCCCUCGUAGCUUUGCGACGAAAAAAGUACCAGGAGACACUACUAGAGAAGACGGACGCGCAACUUGCACAACUUGAGGCCCUCACGAAUGACGUCGAAUUUGCGCAGGUCCAAAAAGACGUAUUGUUUGGGCUUAAGCAGGGUACCGCAGUGCUCAAAGAAAUACAUAAAGAGAUGGGUGGUGUGGAUGCAGUGGAGCGACUAUUAGGCGAAACAGCAGAUGCUCAAGCAUACACACAGGAGGUCAGUGAACUGCUGGCAGGAAAGAUGUCUAAUCAGGAUGAAGACGAUGUUGAAGACGAGCUCGAGGCCUUGGAGAUUGAGAUGUCUGGAAUGAAACUCCCUAAUGUACCAUCACAAGAGCUACAAAAAGUCGAGGCAGUCGAACAGGAGACCAAAGAAGAGAAGGCGAAGAGGAGGAGGCUGGAGCGUGCAGCAGAACAAACAUCACAGCCAAUGCUUGCUUGAAAAUUCUAACUGACCGUAAGUAAAUAGAACACACGUACAAUGCUUAGCGACGGCGUUGGGGACUCUGUGUUUGAUAGCGCGCAUAUUAUAUACGACCUGGAUUAGUACAAGCAUCUUUAUGAGCAAAUGCGAU